UUCUUUGAAUAUUAAGACGGCGAAUGUUUCACAGAGCUUUUAAGCCUGACCUUUAAUUCUAGCUGCAUCUGCUUGCAGCAUCAGCUUUAUUACGGUUUGCUUGCAGUUUUUACACUUUGCUUUCUCUGCAGUUUGUAGAAAGUGUUCAGCUGAAUAAGAAGCCCUUUCACCUGGUGGGAACAUCCAUGGGUGGUUGUGUAGCAGGAGUUUAUGCUGCUCGCUAUCCCUCUGAUCUGUCCAGUCUCACACUGAUCUGUCCUGCAGGUCUGAAAUACCCCAAGGAGAGUGAAUUCCUUAGACAUCUAAGAGACCUGGAGAACAGCACGGAUGUCCAAAGCAUCCCUCUCAUCCCCUCAACUCCAGAGGAGAUGGAGGACAUGCUGAAACUGUGCUCCUUUGUGUGCUUUAAGAUCCCUCAUCAGAUCCUUCGGGGGUUGGUGAAAGUCCGUAUUCCACACAACAACUUCUACCGUGAAGUGUUCAUGGAGCUAGUAGACGAAAAAUCGAGACACUGCCUGCAUGAUAACAUGCACCUCAUUUCAACAACACUUCAAGUCAUUUGGGGGAAGCAAGAUCAGGUGCUCGAUGUAUCCGGUGCGUCUGUUUUGGCUGAUACUCUGCCCGGAUCCCAAGUCGAUCUGUUAGACAACUGUGGCCAUUCUGUGGUGAUGGAGCGUCCUCGGAAAGCUGCUCAUCUCAUCGUGGACUUCAUCACGCGUCAGCAGAAUUCAGGAAGUGCUAGCAGCAAAAAUCUUUUUUGAAACUCUGAAACAUCACAGCGAGAUUUUAUUAUUUGUAUGAAAUUUGUAAUUUAUCUUAAAUGUAUUUUUCUAGUGAGCCCUCAGGGACAGACCACCAGGGUUAAAUUUACUCUUAUAGUAUUUAAGAAUUAACAGAACUAGAAUUGCUGGAACAUUGCUGAAUUUACUGCAGUCUGGACCAAUAACAGGCAAUAACAUUUCACUGACAGGUUCAGGGUUUACUAAAUUCAGAAAAAGACCCAUAAAAACACAUACUCUUAUUGCUUUUUGUAAGAAAUGUCCUUCGAUCUUCUAGGUAACAGUGAAACACUGCAUGUACUUGUGUGUACCUUGUGCUGUGAAUCACUAUUUGAAGCCUUCAUUGUAUGCAUUAGCAUAAAGUUUUAAUUUGUUUGGUAUUUCUUCUGUGUUAAAAUCCACAUUUAAGAGCUAACAAGUCCUGAAAUGUAAUGGUGUAUUGUAUUGUUCAUUUCCAUGUGAAAUGCACUGCCCUCCUACACUACAUUGUUCUGAAUACUUAGUAAAAACACUGAAGCCAUAA